AUGCAAAUCACCGCCUUGCUCACCUGUUUCCUCUGCCUGGCAGCUGCCCAGUUCGCUGUCGCAGACUCGGAUACGACAACCUCGUACUCCACCACGACCAUCACCAAGACUCUCAUGCGAGUCCACUCGGUCACUCCCUCCCCGAGCUCCACCCCCAGCUCAAGCAUGAUGGUGACCGCAACCUCUACUCCCCUCACCACCUCUGCUUCCAAGACCGCAGCCGCUUCCUCUGCUACCGCCAGCGGUAGCGCCGCCCACAUGGGCGCUGGCAUGCCCGCGGCUCUGGUCGCUGGAUCCUUCGCGAUGAUUAUGGGCGCGGCUCUGUAA